AAGUGGGUUAGCGAGGGGGAGCCCGGACUCGUGGGUUCUGCCCCAGCUCGCGGGGGGCGGGGCUGGGAGCCCGGACGCCUGGGUUCUCUCCCUAGCUUGGGGGAGGGGUGAGGUCCCAGGCUUUCCUGGCAGAAAGGAGCGGCCCGGCCGGGAUCUAUUUCAAGCCCUGGGCUCCUCCGAGCCAAACUUGAAGAUGCUGCUAUAGUUAGCGCUUGGCCCGUCACCCCCCCGGCACCCCCCGGGAGAGCUAUAUAACCCCAGGGGGAUUGGCAGGGCUCUGCAGCCUGCCCAGCUUCCCCCGCCAGCAGAGACCUCCCAGCAGCUGCGCCCGCCCGCCGAGAGGAGAUGGCACCCAAGAAGGCGAAGAGGAAGGCAGCUGAAGGCAGCUCCAAUGUCUUCUCUAUGUUUGACCAAACCCAAAUCCAGGAGUUCAAAGAGGCCUUCACCGUCAUUGACCAGAACAGAGAUGGCAUCAUCGACAAGGAAGACCUGAGAGACACAUUCGCUGCCAUGGGGCGCCUGAACGUGAAGAACGAGGAGCUGGAGGCCAUGAUUAAGGAAGCCAGCGGCCCCAUCAACUUCACCGUCUUCCUCACCAUGUUUGGGGAGAAGCUCAAGGGUGCUGACCCCGAGGACGUGAUCAUGGGGGCGUUCAAGAUCCUGGACAGCGAGGGCAAAGGCACCAUCAAGAAGCAGUUCCUGGAAGAACUUCUGACCACACAGUGCGACAGAUUCACCCCGGAAGAGAUCAAGAACAUGUGGGCAGCUUUUCCUCCAGAUGUGGCCGGCAACGUGGACUACAAGAACAUCUGUUACGUCAUUACACACGGUGAAGACAAAGAAGGGGAGUAAAUCCAUCAGGCCCCCCCAAAUUCCCCUGCCCCCCAUCCAGGGGGCUGGCGCUGUGGGGUCCCAUCCACCCACACCCCCCAGGUUGGGGGCAUCUCCUCCAUAUGACGCCAAACCAGCUUCAGUUUUGGACCCCCAAACUGCAGACCCCCCCACUCUUAUUUAUUGUGAUUUUGGGGUGGGGACCUGGGACCCCACAAUCUUGGCCUUUCCCACCCUGCAGCCAGAGUCUUAAGAAACUGAUCAGGACCUGUGUCAAGAAUUGAGGAAAAAAAGUCUCAAUAAAGAUGAGGAAACCUGUUUUUAACUCUCUCGGUGUCCUGGUCUGUCCUGUUGCGAC